AUGUAGUAAAGGGCAUCAUCUAAUUAAAAAAUCUUUAAUAAUUAAUAUCAGAUAGUCAAAAAACUAUCUUCAGGUUCCUUUGGAGUAGUUUUUUUAGGAGUUGACCUUUUAACAAAAUCUGAAGUAGCAAUAAAAGUAGAAAAAGAAGAAAAUGAAGAAGUGCGUUCAUUAGAGAGAGAAGUUUAAAUACUUAAGAAAUUAGAUGGGGCUGAAGGGUUCCCAAAAUAUUUUUGGUCAGGUGAAGAUCAAGGCUAUAACAUUCUAGUGAUUUAAUUAUUGGGGAAGGAUUUAUCCUACCAUUUUAAGUAAUUAAAAAAAUUUUCUCUAAAGACUGUUCUUACUAUAGGAAUUUAAGCAGUCUAGAUUUUAGAGAGAUCUCAUUAAAAAGGUGUAAUUCAUAGAGAUUUGAAACCAGAAAAUAUCAUUUUAGGAAUAGGAAGAGAAUUAUCUAAGUUAUAUUUAAUCGAUUUUGGUAUAAGCAAAAUAUUUCGAGAUUCUAAUGGAAAGCAUAUGUAUUAAGAAUUUGUUUAUAUUAUAAUUUUAGAUCAUUCAAAGAUCAAAAAUCUUUCUUAGGAACAACUAGAUAUGCAUCAAUAGCUGCACAUUUAGGACAUGAAUUAGGACGUAAAGAUGAUUUAGAAUCAUUAAUGUAUAUUUUACUAUAUUUUUUAAGAGGGUAAUUAAUUAUUUAUUAAAAAAGAUAGUUACCUUGGUAAAAUAUGGUUAAUGUUACAGAUGAUGAAAGAACAAAGAAAGUUGGAGAAAUGAAGUUAUCAAUGGAACGUGAUGUAUUUAAAGAUUAACCUGGUGAGCUUUAACGCAUUUUUGAGUACUCAUCAAAUUUGACAUUUAAGUUACUUAAGAAAACUAUAAUUUAAAUAGGAACCCAAUUACAAAAUGAUUGUAUCAGAAUUUAGAAGGGCAGCUGAAUCUACUAAUCUAAUUAUUGAUGGUAAUUUUGAUUGGACUGAGAUUAAAUAAUCUACUCAUUAUUAAACUGAUACUAAUCCAAAUUAAAGUAAAAAUAAUAUACCCAUUAAUUCUAAUGAAAUGAAAAAAUCUAUUGAAAAACAAUUGUCAGGUAUCAUUUAACAUAGGUAUAUUAAAUAAAUAUAUAUAAGUUCAAAUCAUUUAUUGGCUCCUCCUCCUUUAGGUUCUGCUAGAGGAACCUUUUAAAGAGAUGAUAUCAGAAAGAAUUCUAGUGUCACUCAAUAAAGUAGUAUAAACUAUUGCUAAUCUCUCAAUCCUAAUUAUUAAAAAUCAAUAUGUGAUGAACCUCUUUAAGAGGAGAACCAUUAUUAUGAUUUUGAUAGUGUUGAAAUUAAUGAAAAUUAUAAGACAGAUUCUUCUUUGCAUAAAAAAUAUAAUAAAAUAAAAUUGGGAAUUUUUGUGUAAGCUUAUUUUUUUAUUCAAUUAGACAUUUUAUCCCUAAACAAAUAAAACUUAAAUGA